AUGAGUUUGGCUCCAGACGACGUCACGUGGCCGUUGUCGCCUAUGGACGCUGUAAUGAAUACCUUCGGGUUUGUGAUCCUCUACAUCUACCCUCCUCCUACUUCUUUACCAUACAACCUUGGAACAUUGCACUCGUCCUUUGUCACCCUAAUCGAACAUGACUACCCUAUUCUCAUGGGCGAACUCGCUGUCGAUUCAAAGACGGGGGUCGUAUGCGUCAAACAAUCCGCCUCAAGGCGACAAUCUUAUACUGCCACGGAACCUCGAUUCGAAACGAAGUUGUCAACUUCCAUGACAACAGAGCAGGCGAUACAGGAGAAAUCUUGGGACUUCAUGCCAAUGACAAGGGGAAAAACGGAACUCAUUUGUGCCAAAGGGACGCUGCUGGCUGAUGGAGGGUUGGCAAUCGGAGUGGAUGCCAGCCACAUGCUGUUUGACGGCGAGGCAAUGUUCACGCUCAUGACGGUAUGGGGUCAACACUACAAUGGCGUGGAGAAGAGCAAUAGGUUAGUGGUAAAUCAUGAUCGGCACUUGCUGAUGGGGACGGGAAAGCCAUCGACAAUGCUGCAUCCGGAGUUCCGAGUCGUCGAGAUAGAAUCUACGGAAGCUCAAGAGAAAAGGGAUCACCUCGAUCCAGCUUCACCAUUACCACCCACAGCUCAUCACUUGUUCCAUUUCACUCCGUCUAUGAUGAAGAAGAUCAAAGAAGUGGCUACUUGCAACGGUCUGGCCCAGGAUGAGGUCACUAGAGCUACAUACGUGAGCACGGUUGAUGCCAUUACUGCACUGUUUACGGUGCUCAUAUCGCGAGCUCGCGGUCACGGAAAAGACGUGCGAAUCACGACUGGCCUCAACGCGCGACAACGUCUCGAUCCACCUCUACCUGCAAACUAUGUCGGAAACGUUAUCUUCAACGCACUGUCAGUGUACAGCGCCAGUGAAUUACAGUCUAGUGACGAUAACGCAGCUGAGGUUUCGCCCAACACGCUAGGAAUGCUUGCUCGACGCGUGCGCGAAUCCAUCUUGCAACGUGAUACCACGUAUCUGAACGAUGCGAUCAGCUUUUUGACCGAGCAGAGCAACUUGUCUGCAGUGAAAGUUGGCACUGACUUCUUCUUUGGUUCCGACCUCAUGUUCGCGUCGUGGCUGCACAUGGGUAUGUACAAUGCAGAGUUCAAUGGUAUCCAUCCAUGGUAUGCUUGCGUGCCACGACUGCCAUGCUACGAUGGCUUUGUGAUGGUCACAGAGGCCCAACGCGGUGGCGAAGGGAUCGAUGUGGGUGUAUUUCUUGAAUGCACUGCAAUGGAGAAACUCCGAAAAGCUUUUCUAGAGCUGUCGUUUCUCCAUAAGUAG